UCACAUAUUCUGGGAACAGGCUUUGCCUUUAAAGGACUUUGUCCUCUCUUCUCUGCAAAUUCAGGGGGAGGAAGAGGAGAUAGAUUGAUGGUGAGAGUCUAACUUAGGGAAAUGAACUGAAGAGGAGUUUCUAGCUGACAACACUGUAUUGACAAUUGACAAUUUUCUUUUAAUUUAUUGGCAUGAGCAUAGUACUGGCCCCUGAGGAAUACAGGGUGCCUCAGACACAGAACUAGGAAGUGCAACAAGUGUCAGCGUGAGAUUUCUGCCCUUGGAGCACUGUGUUGUGAACUUACAAGCAAGACUGUUAAGUUACAAUAACGACCUUCAACUUGCCCUUCUUCAGGAGAAACCACGGAUGUCUCUUUGCAACAGCUGAACAUCCCUCAUGUUAAGGAGAAGGAUGUGAAGGCAGAGGCAAUAGUACCAGCUGCUUGGGUUGAGCAGCGGCUUUGGAUCAUCGUGUGUGGCUGGAGUGCACUAACAAACUGGAUGUUUGUGGGGGCUUUUCUUCAGUGGAAACAGCACAGGGCUGCUAGUUUGGCUGCAGUUCUUUUUGGAUGAAACACUGAAAAGCAGACAGUGCCACAAGUGUUUUUUUGGAACUUUCACCUGCUAGUCUGACCUGACUUAGAUGAGAAGCUGUGCCUCCUUUAUUCAUACUGAUUACACUGAAAGUAGAUUGAAAGCUGUGGGAAGAUGUCCUGUCUGCUGAGCAUAGCAUGCUAGGAACUGAGAGGGUCUCACAGCUUUGGACAGAAACUAUCUUGGCAUUUUUGGUCCAUUAAGUACAACUGAUUUUUUGUUUUUUCUUUGUAGUAAAAUCAGGUACUGUUUUCUGGGAAAAAGCAUAUAAAAGACAAAUAACCAAACAGCACCCAUUUCCAGCUCUUUACAUCCUUUUUAAUCUUUUUUGGUAGUGUUUGAAUUUGAGAAAGAAAUUUUAUGUACCAUUAACAUUUAAAAACAAAAUCAGAGUAACUUUCAGUGUGUUAGAAGAGUGUAAUUCUGAAGCACUGAUUUUUUAUUUCAUUUGGUGAAUAACUUGGUGAAGAUACAGGGAUACACAUCCAUGUCUCAACGCCGCAUUUUCAGAGAAAGACAUGAAAGUCAUUUUAGGAUCCUACCAAGAUUCAUCCAAAUCCUGCAUGGCAGACGACACACAAGGAAUAACCCACGCCAAAUAUGCUCUGAUGAAAUCAUGCAUCAGGAUAUCAUUCCCCUCUAUGCUGCAGAUAUUCAGGACCAGUUAAAAAAGCAAUUUGCUUACCUGUCAGGUGGAAGAGGUGGAGAUGGAUGCCCUGUUAUCACCUUUCCUGACUAUCCAGCUUUCAGUGAGAUCCCAGAGAAGGAGUUCCAGAAUGUCCUGACCUACCUGACAAGCAUCCCAAGUUUACGAGAUGCUGGAAUUGGAUUUAUUCUUGUCAUAGAUCGCAGACAGGACAAAUGGACCUCUGUGAAAGCUUCCAUACUGCGGAUAGCAGCAUCUUUCCCAGGAAACCUGCAGCUAGUUCUCGUUCUGCGCCCAACAGGAUUUUUUCAUCGAGCCCUCUCAGACAUCGCUUUCAGGUUCAACAAAGACGAGCUUAAAAUGAAAGUACCUGUCAUAAUGCUGGGCUCAGUAUCAGAACUGCAGGGUUACAUUGAUAAAACACAAUUAACAGAAGAUCUUGGUGGCACCCUGGAUUACUGCCACAGCAGAUGGCUGUCCCGUCGCACUGCUAUAGAAGGUUUCGCCCAAAAGGUUAAGCAAACAGCUCAGAUUCUUCAGUCCUUUGGGACUGAGCUGGCUGAAACAGAACUACCAAAUGAUGUGCAAUCAACCAGCUCUCUUCUUGCAACACACACAGAAAAGAAGGACAAAAUGAAGGAGGAUAUCAGGUUAGCAGUAGAACAGGGCGAUGAUAUCCUUGGAAGUAUUACAAAACCAGUUACUGUGAAUCCUGAAUACAAACUGAAUCAAGAUCAGCUAGACAAUCAAACAACGGUAGAAAGGCUUCUGGCUCAAUUACAUGAAACUGAGACUGCCUUUGAUGAGUUUUGGAUCAAGCAUCAGCAAAAACUUGAGCAGUGUUUGCGCCUUCGAAAUUUUGAACAGAAUUUUAGAGAGGUCAAAGCAGCUUUGGAUACUGUGUCCGAGAGACUGUCUGCUUUCACAGAUGUGGGAAACAGCCUUUCACAUGUGGAGCACAUUUUGAAAGAUCUUGCCAACUUUGAAGAAAAAUCAUCUGAAACUAUAGCAAAAGCCAGAAUGCUAGCCUCAGAGGGUGAUGAUUUUAUUCAAAGCAAUCAUUAUGCUGUGGACUCCAUUAUUCCAAAAUGCAGUGAACUUCAUCAUCUCUGUGAUGCCCUCACUACUGAGACAGAACAGAGGAGGAAUCUUCUUAACAAGUCUCUAGAACUGCAUGGCUUACUAGAAAAGUCUAUGAAGUGGUGCGAUGAAGGAAUUUAUCUGCUGGCUUCGCAGCCAGUAGACAAGUGUCAGUCUCAGGAUGGUGCAGAAUCAGCAUUACAGGAGAUUGAGAAGUUCCUGGAUACUGGUGCAAGCAAUAAAAUCAAGGAGUUGAGUAAAAUUUACAGAGAGUAUGCACACAUCCUCAAUGAGGACCUAAAGGAGCAUGUCCAAAAGGUUUUCCAGAAGCAAGAAAGUAUGGAAGAAAUGUUUCAAAAGAGACAAGUAAGUCUUAAGAAACUGGCAGCUAAGCAGACACGUCCUGUUCAGCCAGUUGCACCAAGACCUGAAGCCUUUGUAAAAUCUCCUUGCACCUCUCCAGGUCUUCAAAGAGACUACGGAUCCAACUCAGAAAGCAGUGCCAUUCGGAGGGUAAACUACAGAAAAGGAAAGAGUGAAAUGACUGAACUCCAUCAAAGCAGAGGAGGAUCUACAAUGGAUGAUGAAGAAAACCUAGCUGUGUUACGGCAACAUGUGAUUAAUGAACUUAUUGAAACUGAACGAGCAUAUGUGGAAGAACUUCUCUGCGUUCUUGAGGGGUAUGCUGCAGAGAUGGACAACCCCUUAAUGGCUCAUCUCAUUUCACCAGAACUCCAAAAUAAGAAGGAUAUCUUGUUUGGAAAUAUGGAAGAAAUUUAUCACUUUCACAACAGAAUAUUCUUGAGAGAACUAGAAAACUACAUGGAAUACCCAGAAUUAGUAGGACGGUGCUUUCUGGAUCAGAUGGAAGAUUUCCAGAUUUAUGAAAAAUACUGUCAAAAUAAACCUCGAUCUGAAAGUCUGUGGAGGCAAUUUUCAGAUUCUGCAUUCUUUCAGGAAUGUCAAAGAAAACUUGAUCACAAGCUCAGUUUGGACUCAUACUUGCUGAAACCUGUUCAAAGAAUAACCAAAUACCAAUUAUUGCUAAAGGAAAUGCUCAAAUACAGUAAGAACUGUGAAGGUGCUGAAGAUCUUCAGGAGGCAUUAACUUCUAUACUGGGUAUUCUCAAAGCAGUUAAUGAUUCUAUGCACCAGAUAGCCAUUACAGGCUAUGAUGGAAACCUGAAUGAGCUGGGCAAGCUUUUAAUGCAGGGAUCCUUCAAUGUCUGGAUUGAUCAUAAAAAAGGUCACUCGAAGGUGAAGGAUCUGGCACGUUUCAAGCCGAUGCAGCGACACCUCUUCCUCCAUGAGAAAGCUGUGCUGUUCUGUAAAAAGCGAGAGGAAAACGGAGAGGGAUAUGAGAAAGCACCUUCUUACAGCUACAAACACUCCUUAAAUAUGGCAGCAGUUGGAAUAACAGAAAAUGUCAAAGGUGACGCAAAAAAAUUUGAAAUCUGGUAUAAUGCAAGAGAAGAAGUUUACAUCAUACAGGCACCAACCCCUGAAGUUAAAGCUACUUGGGUAAAUGAAAUAAGAAAAGUACUGACAAGUCAACUGCAGGCAUGCAGAGAAGCUAGUCAGCACAGGACACUAGAACAUACACAAAGCUUACCUCUACCAGCAUCAUCUUGUACAAGUCCUUCACGGAACCACAUCAGAAACACCAAAAAAAUGGAGGAGAAAAAGGCUGAUCUCCCAAGUCUAGAAGGUUAUGGCACCACAGUAGCACCAAAGUUCCCAGAGAAAGGCAAAGAUGACACUAGCUCUACCUCAGAAUGCUCUGUACUGUCAAAAAAGCGCUUUACACUGCAGGGUUUUACUAACCUCAAGAGUCAGAAAGAAACUCCAUCUCCUUCUGCUAAAAGCCAGACAUUGCCAAUGAUUCUUCUUACAGGACCAGCUUCUCCUACCAGUCCUGACAAAAAAGCUAAACGGCAUGAAGUAGUGAGUGAUCCAACUCCUCUUGGUUUAAGAGGUUGGGCUAAAACCUCUCAUUCUCUUGAUGCAUCUGAAGAAAAUGAUGGCUGGUCUAGUGCUGAAGAUCCGCUGAAUUCAUCGGACGCGGAGGAAGAAGGAGGAGGAGGAGGAGGAGGCGAGAUGAAGCUGACUCCUGGUAAAUAUACGGUUGUGACUGAUUAUGAAAAAGGAGUUUCUGAAGAAUUUACAGUGAAAAGUGGAGAUCUAGUUCAACUGAUUCGUGAAGGGGAGGAUGGACUUUGGUAUGUAAAGAACCUGAGCACUGGUAGAGAAGGUUGGAUCCCAGCAAACAAUCUGCUGAUUCUCAUAGGCAAUUCAAAAUCAGCUCAAUCUUUAAGCAGCUCUGAAUCAGGCACUGCCUCCAGCACUUUGAGCACAUCAUCAAGUUGCAGUGAUAGCUGCAAUGUCAGCAGCACCAGCUUCUCAGACAUUAAGGGCUAAUGUUAAAUUUUCACCUCACCUCCAUGGAAGGUAAAUUCAGAGUUUGUGACUUCUUGCAGCGUUCCGGACAUUGGACUUGAGUGGAGAGCCACCAGUUCCCUGUUGCCAGCUCUGAGUAUUUCCACUGAUGAUUUUUACAGGUUCUCCCAGAAGAUCCCAAUGAAAAGUGCAUGGAAUGUGAAGUUGUAAAUGAAGUUAAACAAUUUGGAAUAGGGUCUUGGUAGAGGCUUCUGCUCCAAAGUCUGAAGCUGCAGAGCUGUUAGCAUAAAACACAUUUUCUUACUGAUACACGAUCAGGUUUCUGCAGAACUGUAUAAUUUCGUAACAGCCAGAAUCUGAGUGUGAGCAAACAAAAUGUGUUCAGUGAUAAAUCCUCAUUGUAAACCAGUAACACAGGAAUCACUGUACAGGAUAGGUGUGAGGAAAAUAAAUCUGAGUUUACAAUUUAUCCUCCCACAAAAACCCUUUCUCCAAGGACAUACCUCGGUCAGUGCAGUGAGUGGGACUCCUACAGCGACCAGGAAGGAGGUUGGGUUCAACCUGGAGUCUCCAGGACAUUCUCUUGCUCCCUGGAGACUAGGAUGCAGACAUGACCAAUUCACUGACCCCAGCUGCAUCAGAAGAAAAUACUAUUUAUCCUUCCUGACCUUUUAAUAAUGUGUGCAAUGAAACAGCUGUUUUCUGAGGUAUUUGGACCUCACAACCAAAUUGUUUACCAUGAUCACUGUGUUUACGUAGCCUUGGCAAUUUAGCAGUAUCUUUUAUGUAGAAGCACAAGGAAACACAGAUAUUCACUAAAUGAUUCAGUAAUGAAGUGGUAAUUGCACAGUGACCUUCAGCUCUCACAAUCAACAUGCAGUUAUAGGCAAAGAUAACUUUUGUGGCUGCACUAUGGGUCAAGAGCCCUUCCUUCAAACAAACCUAUGAGGGCUGGCAACCUGACGUAAUUUUAGUCAGUAGUGUUUGUUGCAGAUUUACUCAAAGACAAAAACACAUGAUUUUUCUAUAAAAGGGGAGCAUAGGAAGAAAAGCCAAGAAAACAAACAAACAGCAACAACAAAAAGCCUUGAUUAGAAAAGAGUCAGAUUUAGGCUACAGACAAGUAUUUUAACUUUUUUUUAAAGGAAGUGUAGUGCUAAACUUGCCAUUUUUCAAGGUGUGAUGUAAGCCAAUGUUGUAAAUUUUCACCUUGUCUUAAGUUCUUUACACAUCAUCCUUACAAACAGUCCCAAACUGUGUGCAUGAAUGGAAUACUGUAUUUGUUCCUGUCCGUCUCCCAAAUAUUUAAACUUUUAUAAAAACAGGGUUUUAACUGAUUCAUGUACCAUAUUACUUAAAAUUAGCAUGGGCAUUAAGAGCAUAAUUUUUUGAAAGCACUAAGCACAGCAGAUUAUGUCAGCAAGAACUGCUGUUAACGAUCAGACCCUCUGACAGCUGAGCCCUGAAGUCCAUCUUUGUGCCAGAAUUUUUUAUUUUAGAACCUGCAGUUUAUGAAACUUAAACAACAGAUACUCUAAAGCAAGAGCAACCUUACCCAGAUGCAAUCAAAAUGCAGCUGACCAUGGUCAGUACAAACUGAAACAUAUGUAUACACACACACACAUAUUUAUGCACAUAUGUAUGUGCAUCUGUGUGCUUGUGUGUAUAUAUAGGUGUGUCUAGAUAUGUAUAUGUGUGUAGAUAUAAUGUAUCAAUGUAAAAGAAAGAUGUAUUUAUAGUCCUCAUGCUGCUGAAUGUGUCACUUUACAAUUCAUACUUAGAUUUCUUGCAAUACUGCAAUAUAAAGGCUGAUCAGGGUUUUAUUCAGGCAUCUGUUCCAGUGCAGAAAUCCUCUGAUCUUUGUUUAGUUAUCCCAUAUAAUACUGUGCUGACCAGGAAUACUUAGUCUGAUAUUUAACAAUGGAAUGGCAACAUGAGAUUCAGCUUAUCUUCAUCUAUGUAAGUUAUUUUGUAAAUUAUCUGUAACAUAAUUUACUUACAUAUUGCUGUCAUUGCUAGGAUGAGACUGUCCUUUCUUUUCUCCUCACGGCCUCAUUUAUGUUAUUUCAAUGGUUUUCUCCACAUCAUUGCACUUUAAUACAACCCAUUUCACCAUUUCCUUUUUUACUGCUGUUGUGAAUUAGAAGCUCAGAGUCUGAGGCCUCUAUUGUAAUUAUGAAAAUUUGAAUAAAUUUCAGCACUUCUUGCUGAAUUACUUUA